AAAUAACAGAGGCAUGCUGUUCGCCUUGCUGAAGAUAUACCCAAUCAAUUGUUACUAUAAAUAAUUUAGGUAAUCAGAGCACCCUUGUAUUUACAAUCACGAAAUUUGAAAACCCAAUUCCAAUCUCGAGCUGGCUGUUUCUCCUCUGUCUAUUGUUAGUGGUUUUCGCUGGAUAAAUGGGUCAGACACUUGGUUGUAUCCAAGUGGAUCAGUCCACGGUUGCUGUGAAAGAACAUUUUGGAAAGUUUGAUGAAGUGCUUGAGCCUGGUUGCCAUUGCCUGCCCUGGUGUGUUGGCUACCAAUUGGCUGGUUCUUUGUCAUUACGUGUGCAGCAGCUUGAUGUCCGCUGUGAAACGAAAACUAAGGAUAAUGUGUUUGUCACUGUGGUUGCUUCGAUCCAGUACCGAGCAUUGGCUGGGAAAGCAUCUGAUGCAUUUUAUAAGCUAUCAAACACAAAAGCACAGAUCCAAGCAUAUGUUUUUGAUGUCAUAAGGGCAAGUGUACCAAGACUGGAUUUGGAUUCUACUUUUGAGCAGAAGAAUGACAUAGCCAAAGCUGUGGAGAGUGAACUUGAGAAGGCCAUGUCUGCCUAUGGGUUUGAAAUAGUGCAGACUCUGAUUGUUGACAUAGAACCAGAUGCUCAGGUCAAGAGAGCCAUGAAUGAGAUAAAUGCGGCUGCUCGGCUCAGGGUUGCUGCAAACGAGAAGGCCGAGGCAGAAAAGAUCUUGCAGAUCAAAAAAGCUGAAGGAGAAGCUGAAUCCAAGUACUUAUCUGGGCUUGGUAUUGCUCGUCAGCGUCAGGCCAUUGUAGAUGGGCUAAGGGAUAGCGUUCUCGCCUUCUCAGAAAGCGUGCCAGGAACAACAGCUAAGGAUGUCAUGGACAUGGUUCUUGUUACCCAAUACUUCGACACAAUGAAGGAAAUUGGCUCAUCGUCUAAGUCCUCUGCCGUGUUUAUCCCACAUGGCCCUGGGGCCGUCAAGGACAUCGCUUCACAGAUCCGUGAGGGUCUUCUUCAGGCAGACAGUCUCAUCCACUAGUUCCUCACCACGAACUGGACUUCCACACCUAUCUAAAGGGUUGAUUCUGUCAUAAAAUGCGAGUCUGAUCUUGUUUUAAAUUGCGUUCAUCUAUGGAUUGCCUUAUAGCUACUCUCGGUUGUGCUGUCAAGAUAUUCCUGUCGAGCAUUGUGGUUUGAUGCUCAGGUACCCUUAUAUGCUUGUAUAUGCCUGAUGAAACAAGAUUUGCAUCACUGUUUUAGCUCCUUGUGGAAGAAAGAUUAGACUCUUCCUAGUGCACUUUGAUGUACAGGGCUGAGUUUGAGUAGGAACAACUUGCUUCUUCACUUCCUUUCAUGUUUGUAGAGCCAGUGCAAAAAUAAGAAAACAAAAUUUACUGUAAUAUUUAAAGAUUUACAGACUUCAAAA